AAAAGCUGUUAGCAGCGCCCCUGGCCAGAAGCUUCACAACUAGCAGAGUUUAGAGUCCUUUGGGGCGUUGUAAUAAGAGACACUCCUUCACAAAGGUUCAUAUCAUCACAUAGGAGAGUGCUAUAUAUACUGGGAGAACAAUAGACUCAGUUCUUUUUUUUUUUCUUGGUAUUAUCCAGAGAUCUGUUUUCUGCUGCCCUGACUUAAAGCAGAGUACCUCUGUGGCCUAUCUCUCUCCUUUGGCCCCAAAAUGACAGUAAUUGCUGCAAUCAGUUGUACUCUGUUAUUUUCCGUUCUCUGUGAAACAAGUGCAUUAGUGUUACCCAACUCCACUGACCUAUUCCUGUCAGAAAAUAAUUUCCCUGACAUUGAGACGGCUUUGGCAGCUCAUCUGGACUCUGCAAAAAUUCCCAAAGCCAGGCGGAAGCGCUACAUUUCUCAGAAUGACAUGAUUGCCAUUCUUGAUUAUCAUAAUCAAGUCAGAGGCAAAGUCUUCCCACCUGCUUCCAACAUGGAAUAUAUGGUCUGGGAUGAAACUCUUGCCAAAUCUGCAGAAGCUUGGGCUGCUACAUGCAUUUGGGACCAUGGACCUUCCUACCUACUGAGAUUCUUGGGCCAGAACCUGUCUGUAAGAACUGGAAGGUAUCGAUCUAUUCUCCAGCUGGUAAAGCCAUGGUACGAUGAGGUGAAGGAUUAUGCUUUCCCUUAUCCUCAAGAUUGCAAUCCCAGGUGCCCCAUGCGAUGUUAUGGACCCAUGUGCACCCAUUACACACAGAUGGUUUGGGCCACUUCCAAUCGUAUAGGCUGCGCAAUCCACACGUGCCACAAUAUGAACGUCUGGGGAUCUGUUUGGCGACGAGCUGUUUACUUGGUAUGCAACUAUGCCCCAAAGGGGAAUUGGAUUGGAGAAGCACCUUAUAAAGUAGGAGUCCCAUGUUCAGCUUGUCCUCCAAGCUAUGGAGGUUCUUGUACCGACAAUCUUUGUUUCCCAGGAGUAACAUCAAACUACUUGUACUGGUUUAAAUAAGUUAAGGUUUACAUUAUUUUGAAGAAAACCACAGAUGAGUAACAAGAAGCUUGUAUAUUGAAUUUUGCACAUAUUUUAUAUAGAGAGAUAUUGUAAUAAUACUCUGAUGUUUUCUUUUUGUAUGCUUUUGUAUAAUUAGCUUUCGAAGUAUAGUAUAAUUUGGUUUUAACACUUCGGGAUUUAAGACUCACAUUGUCCCUUUUAGAUUAGCCUUUUGUUCAAGGAGAGAAAAUCUUCAUCUUAGCAAGUGUAGCUUCCUGAA